AUGGACGACACUAGCCAACAGCAUGACGAAACUCCCACUAAAACUUACAUCUUGCCUGCUUUGCCGACCGAACUGUGGCUCAAUAUACUCGACCAUGUGGUCACGUACGAUACUCACAUUUUUGGUCGCUCCCCUUGUUAUAUCAGAGGAAAAACGCGUGACCUUCAGAGACUACAAUGCGUAUGCAGAUCGUGGAGGGACAUGAUAAAGCCAGCAGUGUAUCGCCAUGUAGCACUUGACCGCAACGGCAGCCUUCCGGGACCCCAAGACAGUCAUGGUAUGGAAGCAGACCACAUCACAGCCCUGGCCCGGCUCUUAGAUCAAACGACCGAUUCUGGUCUUCCUAAAGCUUCCUGGGUUCGCUCAUUCAGUAUUCAAGAACAUACUGCGAAAUACUGGAAAUCCAAGAAAUUACGGAAGAAGGCAUUGUCCGACCUAGUCUUCCAUAUGACAAACCUUCACGAAUUCUGUUGCCGCUUCGUCCUCAACUAUCCCACUAUGGCAUCUAUUGCACGGUCGCACGGAUCACAGCUUACAAGAAUGGUUAUGCAUUUCGGUGGGGACAUCCAUACAUCAGAACGCCUUCUACUCUUGAAUCACUUUACGGCUCUGACAGAACUUCGUCUUAGCGUUUCCGACUCGUAUACGAUUGAGAUCGAACCACUUGACCUACCGAAUCUACGUUCACUCGAAUUGGUCACGGAACCGGCUACUGGCAAAUUAUUGGCUUGGCUCACCCACUGGAAUAUGCCCGUUCUUUCAGCUUUUGCUUACUUGAGGCCACCUAAUCUCUAUGCGUACGGAAUGCGCCACAAGCGUCUUCUGGCAGCUUUCAUGGCAAGACAUGGCGCUGGUUUGAAAACAGUAACCGUUGACUGCACUGCUCCAAAACUCACAGUUUUUCCCUAUACACCAGCGUUGGACAUAUAUAAGCAAAUUGAUAUACCGGAAGUCAUUGAAGGCCUUCCCAUAUCAGUGACGCAAAUUUUUACCUGCGAGUUUGGUCAGAACCUAGGUUAUCAGGUGCUAAGACUGGAGUGCCUAUUCCAGACAGUGCAAUCGCUGCCACCAGAACGCAGUCUGCAUACAAUCCGCGUGGUUUCGAGAGAUAAGUAUCUCGGUGGAUCGCCGUUUCUCUGGCGGGACAAAAUGAAGUGGGCAGACACGAGAAGAAUAAAUACUUGGAAAGAUUUCAACAAGUAUGCAGAAGGGCUACUGGAGCUGGGUGUUUCAAUGUUAGAUGAGCAGAAUAUCGUUCUUACGGACGUCCUCGAGGAGAUGAAGCCAUCGCAAGAGUCAAUCAGUACGGAGCUCCUAGAGAGCGCGACUGAUGCAUUGCUGGAGUCAGAAGAAUAG